AUGUACAAUGGCAAACUCCCACUGAAGAAACACAAUUUCACCAAAAUUAUCUCUGUGGCAGAUAGUCUGCAGAUGUUUGAUGUGGCUGUUGCUGUGCUGAAAAGACUCAAAGAGUGCAGAGAAAUUGAUGCCUCUCAAAAGGAGGUUCUGGCUGCCUGUCUGGCCAAGGGAGAGGAACAUUCAGUGUUCAAGAAGCAGCUGGGCAAAGUUAAGGAUGCUUACACCCAGGAUAGUGACACUUGGGAUGUUCGGCCUCUGGACACUCAGACCCUCGCGUCUUUUCUGAAGCUGUUUCGAGACAUGAAUCGUGAGCUGAGGGUGGCUUUGCUGGAGAGGGAACAGAGCAGUGGAGAAGCCUCACAUCAAGCAGAAAGCAUAGCCAAUGAAGAGACACUGACUGCUCACUUGCUGUGCUGCAGGGAGGAGCUGAUCCAGAGCAUGACACAGCUGAGCCCCAUCACAGUGUUGGAGGCAGUAGAAGAGAGAUUCCUGACUGCCUCAGAGAAGCAGGUAGCUUUGGAUGGCUGUGAAGGCAGCUCUCAGAGAGAAGCCAUGGACAAUCUGAUCAGGAAGGUGGAUGAAGAGAAAACCCUGGAAGUGAAACUUCUGGAGGCUGUGAAAGUAUCCUUCCCUGGACUUCAGCUUCUGCCUGACAACUUGGUGGCAAGAGCAAACAUCUCUGGUGAUAAAGAGUGAUACUGCUCUGAAGAUUUGCCUAUACAGAACCUGUGGAGGCUGGAAAUCUGGCCAAGGAAAAGCCUGCUGCACUCCCCAGGAGGACCAGCCCCUAAGCCACAACACUCUUGGUUAUGGAAGAAGCUCAAUAAAGGCUCACCUUGGAACCCCACACGAAGAUCCCGUCUCUCCUUCUGCUUUGCCUGGAUCACAGAGGAGCUGAAAUCACCUGGUGUGAGCACAAGACUUGCCUGUGCCCCCGAGGUGUCUCUUUCAUGAUGCUUCUUCAGGAAGGUUGCAGCACUCUGAACAAUGCCCACUACAACAAAACCAAUUUCUAGAAGUUUUAGGUCUAAAGUGGUUACCUGCUUGUCUGGUCAAACAUUAACUGCCUCUGAGGAGACGAGGCCCAGUGAGAGGAGAAAUGACCUAAUCACAAUCCAGCCCUCAUGGCCAAGACAGGAACAGGGGUUGGACUGUCAAGACAUGGCUGUGUCUGGAAGCCUAAGAAGGCAGCCUGCUAACAGAGGUCUUGUGUCCCACUGCACCCACCAUCAGGUUAUUGUGUUCCUGCUGACCUUCUUCGGUUAUUCUCUGUUCCAUACUUCCAGAAAGACAUUCACUAAUGUCAAAGACAGCACUUCUAGCUAAUGGACUUCCUCCUGCCUAAACAGUACGGCCCCUGAGCUCCAGCCAUAUAAACUGUGGAACAGUAGCUGUUUAUUUCCAUUUCCUGAGGACAUUGGACACCAUAUUUUUGUUUUCCUCUGCUGUGAGUCUCUUUGUCAGUGGCAUGGUUAUAUUUUAUGGGGUUUUUAUUGAUUGUGAUCUGUAUUCCUUGUAUCUUGUCCUGUGUCCAGCAGAUGACCAGUAAUAGUCUUAAUAAGAUAAUGGCCUUACAGGUGCAGACUGUUUUGGCAUUAGGGCACAUGAACCCUUCGCACAAAAAGCAAAGGGGGAGAUGUGUAUAAGUAAAACUUUAUAAAUUAAGGGCCUUGUUACCCUUGUAAAACGUGGCUCAGGCCUAUUACUUUGGCUAAGUGGAAAAGGACUAUGGAAAAGUGACUCAGCUGAAUUAGCGGUAGAAAAACAAGUUGUAUAACCAUUACAUGUUCACAUUGUGGAUUAUGGUGAUUAGUUGAAUUACAUUUGUUGUGCUUAAAUGGCAUGCAACUGGUAAAGGCCUAACUGCUUAAAAAGGCCUGGUUUUGCAAUAAAGGGUUCUGUCUUGUACCUGCCUGGGGAGUCUGCAUCACUCUGGUUUGUAACAAUGGACUCAUUAAACUCAUGCACAGACAGGUCCUGGGUCACUGGGCAUGGCCAGGGAACACCUUAAAAGUUAAGAAACAACUAUUCAAAGUCCUUUUUGUGUCCCUUUUCCUGGCCACAGAUCCAUCAGAACCUUUCCUCUCCAGAAAAAGCUCUGGGAAAGGAAGAAGUUGAGAAUCAAGGAGCAAACCCAGCAAGUGCUCAGGAAUGCAGGUGCAUUGCUGGAUUCUGAGUGUUUUAUAAGUUCUUCCCAAGCCCUGCUCCCCAUAAUCAGAUUAUGAAACCUUUGACUCGAAUUAAUGCAAACAAACAGAUCAUGCAGAGAGCGAUAAAAAUAAAGUAUCAUAAUAAAAACCCUAAAUCAAGAGCAUCUUCUGUAAACAGAGCACUGUAAACACAGUAAUUUGUCUCUCUGUGAUGAUAUUUGGUGAGGUAUGAAAGAGUCCCAAGAGAUGGCAGGAAAACACAGCUGUUCUCUCCUUGCAGGAGAUGAGGAAGGAGAGGAGGGAUGGGAAUGCAGCACAGCUCUGAUGGCUCCAGGGUCAGGCUCUACUGCAUUCCUGGAAUGGGAAGAGGGAUCCUCCAGAAUGGGUCAGAUUGGAGGGACUGCAGUGGGUCACUGGUGCCACCUCCCUGCUUCAGCAGGGCCAUCCCAGAGCACAAGGGUGCAGGAUUAUGUCCACACAGCUCUGGAAUAUCCCCAGGGAGGAGACUCCACAGCCUCUCUGGUCUCUACUCAGGGCUGGGCACUGCACAGAGAAGUUCUGCUCCUGUGCAAGGGGAAUUCCUGGGAUCAGAUUCUGCCUGUGGCUCUGGUGCAGAGCUUGGGCCCUGUUCUGCCCUUCCCUGCACACAGGGACAAAAGGGCUGAGGGCCCCUCUCAGCUGUGUCUUCUCUUGAGGCUGAGCAGCCCCAGCUCCCUCAGCCUUUCCUGGGCACCCAGAUGCUCCAGGUCGUUCUUCAGCCUCUGCUGACCCCACCCCAGGAGCUCCCUGUCCCUGCUGUGCUGAGGAGCGAGAGCUGGACACAGUACUCCAGAGGUACCUCCCAGGGCUGGGCAGAGUGGCAGGAUCACUGCCUGACCUGCUGGGAAUGCUCUUCCUGAUGGUCUCCAGGAUCCCAUUGGCUCUUUGUACCCAGGUCACUCUGCUGGGCAGGGAUACCUUGUUGUCCCCGGGUCCUUCUCCUCAGAGUUGCUCCAGUAGGUCCUCCCCAGCCUGGGGCAGUUUUUUCUCCCCAGUUGCAGGACCUUCAUUUCCCUGUUCUUUACUUCCAGACAGUUCUUCUCUGCCCAUCAACCUGUUGGGUCCUUAGUUCCCAAUGUUUUCCUUCCAUUUUGCUCUGGCUCAUUCCUCUCUCUCGACAACCCAAUGCAGAGUGCUUAAACCAACACUGGGCCCUGAUUCCUAGCUCCCUGGAGUCAGCACCUCUUCCUGGUGCCACAGAAUUGUUUGCAUUGUUUGCAGAUUUGUAUGAAUGUCUGAGUGACUUCUGUGUGGAAAAAGGGAUUUCAGUGAUUACUGGAUUCCCAGGCAGGGAAUCUUCCGGAGAUAAGAGGAUGAAAUGGUGCCAAACAUCCUGGAAAGGCUUUUUCUGCACAGGGAAUACAAAAGUUCAGCAUUUGUAAGGAAUAUGAAAAGCAUUUCCAUGGGAAGAGAUGAGGUGGAGGCAACUGGAAACUUCCCUUUGGAAAAGGAUGGAAGAGGGUGGCACCUGGAAGACAAUGUCAGUUCAGGGAGUCUCCUGCAUUUCCCACUGCUCAUCCCCAGUUAAAAAUUGCCAUUUAGAGCAGAGGGAACUAUCCAUUUCCAGCAUUCCUGAGUGGACUUUCAAAUCUACCAUUCUGACAACUAAACCUUCAAAAACCUGGAAUUGGGUCAAUUGAGAACUUCUCCGUGAACAGAAUUCCUGCUAUAAAAAUGUUCACUUUUUCUGGUCUGUUAUUACUAUUCCUACUCUUGAACUUUCCUGGAAAAGCAGUUUUCCACUGAGGAAGGUGUCUUAGGGAGUGUCUAUUCUACCACCAUCUGUUAGAGGUGGGGCAGUUACCUUCUGUUCAUUGGGCA